CCCCUGUCUGCAAAGCCCUUUCCAAAUCCACCUCCGGCUGGUCCUCCAGCUCAUCCCUAUCCAGAGGGUCACCAGCCAAGAAACCCCUGGCGACAAAGGCCCUGCAGUUUGAGAGUGAGCCGCAGAUGGAGCCCAGCCCAGACGGCCUCGAAUCCGAACAUCUAGCCAGCAGCCUCCCCUCUCCCCUCUUCCACCUGAUUGGCCAGGUAGCUGAAACCGCAGAGGAGAAGUAUCGUCUGCUAGAGCAGCGGGACAAGAUCCUGCGACAGGCUCGGCCCAAGAGGACCGACCUGGAUCUGUCCAAGGUGUUUGUGGGUACGUGUCCUGACAUGUGUCCGGAGAAGGAGCGUUACAUGAGGGAGACCCGGAACCAACUGAGCUCUUUUGAGGUCAUCCCCAACACGGAGAAGGUGGACCACACUGCUGCCAUUAAGGAGUACAGCAGGUCCUCUGCUGACCAGGAGGAGCCCCUCCCCCAUGAACUGCGGCCCCUUACUGUGCUGAACAUGACCAUGAACUACCUGGUUACCCAGGUCAUGGACCAGGGUGAGGACAACUACCGUGACUGGUAUGACUUUGUGUGGAACCGCACACGAGGUAUCCGGAAGGAUAUCACUCAGCAGCACCUGUGCGACCCGCUUACGGUGUCCCUUAUUGAAAAGUGCGCCCGCUUCCACAUCCACUGCGCACACCACCUGUGCCAGGAGCCCAUGAUGUCCUUUGAUGCUAAGAUCAACAAUGAAAACCUGACCAAAUGCCUGCAGAGCCUCAAGGAGAUGUACCAGGACCUGGCCAGCAAGAACAUCUACUGCCCUCAUGAGGCAGAGUUUCGGCAGUACAGCGUGCUCCUGAAGCUCAAUGAUGGAGACAUCCUCCGGGAGGUGCAGCAAUUCCGGGCGGAGCUCCGAAACUCUCCGGAGGUGAAGUUUGCCGUCCAGGCCUUUGCCGCUGUCAACAGCAACAACUUCGUGAGGUUCUUCAAGCUGGUCAAGGUGGCCUCGUAUCUGGCUGGUUGCAUCUUGCACCGCUACUUCGACCAGGUGCGCCGUGAGGCUCUGCGGGCCCUGAAUGUGGCCUACAGCUCCCGUGGUUCCACCACAUUCCCGGUCGAAGACCUGGUCCGGAUGCUCAUGUUCCAGAAUGCCGGCGAGGCUUCGGACCUCGCGCUGCAGUAUGGGCUCGCGGUCGAUGCAGGCAUGGUGGAGCUAAGCCGGACAGCGUACCAGGAGCCUGAGAUCCAGCCACGUCCAAAGCGCUCUGUGGCCAUCGCAAGGAAGCGGGAGGUUGUGGCUCUGUAA